AUGCUUCCUACUUUCAUUUAUUCCUUCUUUUUCGCUCUCAUUAAUUUCGUUAUUUCUUCUUUAUGUUCACGUUUUUUGCUUAUUUAUUCGUUUUUGUUUUUUAUUGGGGAGCGGGGAGCAAAUACAACCUUUCUUUCUUUCUCAUUUUUUUUUUUUUGCUUUCUUGAUUUCUUUCUUGAUUUCCUUCUCAUUUUGUUUCUUUCUUUUUUUCUUUCUAAGUUUCUUUCUUUGAAUUAUUUUAUUUUAACACACUCUUUACUUUUAAUGCCACUUUUUCAUUCAUAUUUCAUUUUACUUUCUUUCGUUCUUUCUUUCUUUCUUUCUUUCUUUCGUUCUUGCUUUCUUUCUUUAUUUCUUUCGUACUUUCUUUCUUUCGUUCUUUCUUUCUUUCUUUCUUUCUUUCUUUCUAAGUUUCCUUCUCGUUUUCUAAAUUUCUUUUCUUUUUCUUUCUUUCUUUAUUUUUUUACUCAAUUCUUUUUCUUUCUUUCUUUCUUUCCCGGUUUCCUUCUCAUUUUCUUUCUAUCUCAUUUUAACUUUUUCCCUUUUUCAUUCAUAUUUCAGGAUUUCUUUUACUCAAUUUUUUCUUUCUUUUUUUCUAUUUUUCUUUCUUUCUUUCUUUCUUUCUUUCUUUCUUUCUGUCUUUCUUUCUUUCUUUCUUUCUGUCUUUCUUUCUUUCUUUCUGUCUUUCUUUCUUUCUUUCUUUCUUUCUUUCGCGGAAUCUCUCUCGUUUUCUUCCUGUCUCAUUUUAACUCUUUCCCUUUGUCUUUUCAAAUUUCAACCAUUUUAAUUUCAAACUGCUCCGUUUUUUCACGCCCUGUUUCAUUCAUAUUUCCCAUAUUUGCAUUUAUUCUUUUCGACAACCUUCUCCAAAUUUUAUCUCUCUCUUCUCCGCAUCGCUUCUUUUUAUUUCCUCUCUCUCUCUCUCUCUCUCUCUCUCUCUCUCUCUUAUCCGCGUCGCCAUUUUUUAAUUCCCCAUCUCUCUCUCUUUUCUCUGCAUCGCCUCUUUUUAUUUCCCAAUCUCUCUCUCUCUCUUAUCCGCAUCGCCACUUUUUAAUUCCCCAUCAGUCUCUCUCUCAUUCUUCUCUGAUGCUACCUGGAUUUUACUAUCUAUCUAUCUAUCUAUCUCAGUCUCUUCAUUAUUUAUCUAUCUAUCUAUCUAUCUAUCUAUCUAUCUAUCUAUCUAUCUAUCUAAGAAUGGGUUUUUUUUUGGACUAG